AUGUCGGAGGAAGGUGGAUGUGGCCACAGCCGCGAGCCUUUGGCAGCCGCGACGGGAAUCGUGGGAGACCAUUCCAAGGAUCUGAGGGCCACCAGGGAAGCCCGGAGCGGCAGCGUGGGAGCCUCGCCAAGGAGCCGGGAAUCUUUCCCAUGGGAGCGAUCCCUGAUUCCGAGCCUGCCCUCGAGGGCCUCUGGAAGUCCUGGAGAAGCUCGGAUUGGGCUUUCCAAGGAAAAUCCUUCAUCCCUUAGUGACUCCUUGGAGAAAUCCCGGAGACCUCCAGGAGCAGCAUUCCCAGAAGGCCGCGUUAUCCCUAAAUCCCGGUGCCUUCGGAUGGAAUCCCCCUCCGUCGCUGGUGCUUCUCUGCUUCCCCGGAAACCCAAGCUCCUUCCGUGGGAUCCCGUCUGCCCCGCUCCUGCUGCUUUUCCAAAGGCUCCUUUUCCCGGCUGCUCCCACAGAGCGAUCCCAGCAAUGAUCCCAACGAUCCCAGGAAUGAUCCCAGAGAUCCCAGAAAUGAUCCCAGCGAUCCCAGGAAUGAUCCCAGUGAUCCCAGGAAUGAUCCCAGGAGCGAUCCCAGAGUUUCCAGCAAUCCCAGGAACGAUCCCAGGAAUGAUCCCAGUGAUCCCAGGAGCGAUCCCAAUGAUCCCAGCAAUCCCAGGAAUGAUCCCAGUGAUCCCAGGAGCAAUCCCAAUGAUCCCAGCAAUCCCAGGAGCAAUCCCAAUGAUCCCAGCAAUCCCAGGAACGAUCCCAGCAAUCCCAGGAACGAUCCCAGAAAUGAUCCCAGAGAUCCUAGGAACGAUCCCAGCCAUCCCAGAAAUUAUCCCAGAGAUCCCAGUAACAAUCCCAGCCAUCCCAGAGAUGAUCUCAGUGAUCCCAGGAAUGAUCCCAGAGAUCCCAGGAACUAUCCCAAUGAUCCCAACGAUUCCAGGAAUGAUCCCAACGAUCCCAGGAAUGAUCCCAAUGAUCCCAGCAAUCCCAGGGACGAUCCCAGCAAUCCCAGAAAUGAUCCCAAUGAUCCCAGGAACGAUCCCAGGAAUGACUCAGGCUCGGGAGCUGCCCCGAGUGGGAUUUGUGGGGUCAGAACCGAGCGGAGGAGCUGCCACAUCCCAGCUCCUGGAGCAUCCUGGAGCACCGGGAAUGCCACCCCUCGGAGCCGCCUGGAAAAGACACCAGGAACGGGAAACUGAGCUCCGCCCUCGCACGGAUUCGGGAUCACUCCGAGGAAAAGCGGAUGAUUCCAGAGGGUUCCUAAAACCUGGAAAAACUCCCUGA